UUUUUUUUCUUUUUUUGUUCAGCCGCGCAGUGAUACAGAGGAAGAAGCACAGGACAACAAAGAGAAAAACAACACUCCCAUCAUGCCGGACCUUACCAACAUCUUUCAUGCAACAGUCCAGGACCUGAGUCAAGCAUCAGGAGGCUUCUCCUCUGGCGUACGUUCUGGGGCUGUAUCGAAACCACCAACCCCAAAGGCACCAACAGAUCCAUGGAUACGAGAAGCCCACCAAAUUUCGAGGACUAUAGCGGAUCUCCGAACAUUUAUCCUCAUUACCCGUCCUGCAUAUCUCAAUCUUUCGCGUGGUGGAUCAGGAAACUCAUUAGGCGCCAAUAUGCGUUUACCACGACGGUCAGACUCUAUACCCAAUGUCAACAAUAGCCAUAACACCUUAUCAAAAUCGUUCACAUCCUCCAAAGUGUUGAAUGAUCUCUUGGACACUGUUUCGUCAUUGACAUCACUUUCUGAUAAGGACCGAGACAGUAUUGAUACACAAGUCAAAGUCAUGAUGCGACAGAUCAAAGGUGCUAUUGAGGAACUAGAGUCACUUGAACAAGAUCGUAGGAAAAGAGCCAACACUACUACAAAUAGCAGCAAUGCCGCUGUGGCAGGAUUGAAUCAGUUGUUGAGUAUGGCAGCUAGCGGUGCAGGAUCUGUCGAUCACUUGGCUCAACAUCGACAAGGUGUCACUCUUUAUCUGAAUGAACGCCUUGCAAGCCUGGCCACACUGCAUAAAGAUCAAUACGAGGCCAGAAUAGCUCGCGAGAUGGAGAAAAGAGAAAGCUCUUUAUACAAAGCGUUACCAAAACCGACAGUCUCGAAUAGCUAUGGUCUCAAACGUCAACAAGAUCCUGAGUCUACCUCAGGAAUAUCAUUCAAUGCAGGGCUCUCACACAGGAGAAAUACUAAUGCUCGAACGACAGCAACAGCAACGAUAACAAGUAAUGGAGCAGGGGCAACAGACAGCGACCUUAAUGAUCGUUCAACAAAUAUCAGUAGAACCUCUUCACCACAACCAUCAACAGGCGUUUCAACUGCACAGUAUUAUCAUCAAGGUAGUCAUAACCAUAGAAAUAAUAAUAAUGGAUUUGGUGGAUUUGUAGACAAUGAUGAACAAGAUUUCGAAAAUAGUCUGACUGCUGAGCAAAGACAAAUGCUCCAAAUGGAGAAUGAAAAUAUUGUUCAAAAACUGGAGACAGAAUUGAACCAAGUCAGGCACCUGGAAGCCUCUAUGUUAGAGCUUUCAUCGCUACACUCAACAAUCCAGGAGCAUCUUGAGGUACAAACACUACAAACCAAUCGGCUACACGAGGAAGCACUAACAGCAAUCAGUCACAUUGAUGCUGGAAACGAACAGUUAAUUAAAGCUGGUAAACGGAGCAAUACCACUCGAAAAUGGAUCCUCUUUUUCCUCAUCCUUGCUAGUUUUGUCCUACUCUUCCUCGACUGGUACGACUAAUAAAAACAAUAAACUUAUAAAGC